AAACAGGAAACAGUUAACCACAUAUUUCUUGUACACGCACACAAAGACUGAUCAAGCACAAUUCUCACUUGAUGCGAUCUGUGUAUAGACAUCUAGAAAAUCAAGACCUUGAGAUGAAAACAGGAUGAAGUGAAAAUGGGAACAAGGGGGCUAUUUGUGCUACUCUGCAGCCUGCAACACAUACAGGGGAUACAAGGUUCUGCAGUUCUGGAUUCUCUUACUUGUGUCAACAACUACAAAACACACUGGCGGUGUCAAUGGAAAAUAAGUGCAGAAGCUCAUGAACUGCUCCCCAUGAACCUAAUCUACUGGAGUGAUGUGACCAGCAGUGGAAGUCAGCUCUGUGAACCAGAUGACUCUGGUGAGAUAAAAGAUGGAGAAUUAUAUAUGACUUGUCGAAUAAAUGAAAAGUUCAUCUAUACAAUGACUACCACAUACACCUUCCAACCAAAACGUGAUGUGAGUAGAAAUACUCACAUCAUCCCUAACUCUAAUGUUCGGAUGCCACCACCAGAAGGGUUAAUGGUCCAAAAGUCUGGCUCAAGAAACAGUUCAAUAACUCUACGCUGGAGGAUGCCUGAUAAUGUUUCAUACCCUAGACUUCUACUGUACCAAAUCGCAUACUAUAGAAAGGACUGGGAGACUUGGGAGGAUGCAGCUGUACUUAAUGUUAUGGGAAAGACAGAAAUCAGCUUCAGUCCACAGCUUUUUGUACCAGGGAGCACCUACAUAUUCAGAGUCCGUUCUGUACCAGACCAAGAACAACUGUAUCGGAGUGCCUGGAGUAACCAUAUAGCAUGGAUAAUGCCCGAAGAAGAGGACAGAGCUAUCCCUCAAAACCUGCACUGUGAAUAUGAUGGCCUUACACAGAUGAAGUGCAACUGGGAAGUGAGAAAAGAGCUGAGGUCCAUGUCCUACGUGUUAUACUACACGGAUGGUGCUGAUUAUGGUACAACCAAGAUGUCUAUUCAUGAGAGGAAGCCAUGCAAUAACCUGUCACGUCAACUGAAAGAUGAAACUCCUUACAUACUGUACAGUUGUACAUUCCAAAUCCCAUCUUCUCAAGCAAACAGAUCUUUUCACAUUCAAGUCCAACCACAGGAGGAACUGAGAAAUUUCAGACCUUAUGAACAUAGUGAGUUAUCUUCUACUUAUAUGUUGGGAUGGAGUCCACCAGAGGUUUCAUAUUCCACCAUCAAGCUGACGUACCAGUUGUGCUACUGGAAGCAAGGAGAUGAAGAAUGUCCUGAUCUCUUACUGGUUAAUGUGUCUGGUAAUGUGCCUGAAUAUUACAUUCCAAAUUCUGAACUAUUGAGCUCAACUAAUUACAUAGCUAAGUUGAGAGCAAAGCCUGAUGAUAGUUCUGGAUACAAUGGGCCAUGGAGCGACCUGGAGUCAGAGCUAUUCCAUGGACAACUGACACAGGAUUCUUGGCUUGGCUUGUAUUUUGUGAUUACGUAUUUCAAAAGACUAAAGCAGCAGUGGGAGAAUUCCAUCCCGGACCCCAAAAAAAGUAAACUCAGCAAGUUUCUACUGGGAUACGGAGGUACAAAUUUCCCCCCGUUCAUUAGUCAGGAUUUCUUUGCAGAUGUGGAAGGGCCAUUGGUAUCUCAUAUCAGUCCAAUUGAAUCACCGAAAUCCACUUCAGAAGCAUUUGUAAUGGAGACACCAGCAAAGCCUAAUGCAUCUCCACUGGGACCAUACUCAAUGGCUCCACCAACUGCAGAAAAUGUCCAGAAUCACCAAGCUUCUUGCAAAUUGCUAGACAUUGCUCAUGAAGUAAAAGCACCACUCUUAUCACAACCUACAGAACAUCUUUCCAAGAUGGACCACAACAGUCCAUACUUCAUUUUUACUCAAGCGCAAUCAAUGUCAAAUUUAAUUGCAAAACAAUCAAAGUCGUCAGAUUAUUUUAUGCUGCCUAAAUGUAACAGCAAGAUGUUGAGUCCUCCCAAGGAGUUCAUCCCAUCGUGUCAGACUAUAUCCCCUGUAAAUGAAAUGUGUUACGUGUUGAAUAUGAAAAAACAUCCUCCUCUGCAGACACCCCAGAAGGAUGAUGAUCCUAAGAAAAGCAGGUACUUUACCAUUCCAUCACCCUCUGAUGUCAAAGUUCCCCAAGAAGGACCCUUGAUGAUCACUAAUCCUGAUGGGACCGGUCCUCUUGUGUUGAAGCAGGUGGGAGAUUAUUGCUUCUUCCCUGGAAUUCAUGGAAGUCAAGAGAAUUUAGAAAAGAAGAUGACGCCCGUAAAUGACAAAGUGCCUCCACACAUGGCAAAAGAUCCAUCUCUUCCUGCUGUGCAAGAAUUUAAAGUCAUGCAAAGAGAUUACCUUGCUUUACCACAAAAUUAGCAAGCUAUGGUGAAAUUAUGUACUAUAUCUUCAGAGCUAGCAAAGAAUGAAUAAUGCAUUUCAUAGAACAGUAUAGCCCGAAGCAAUUACUUUAUACUACUGCUAAGAUAUGUCCAAGACAAUAAAACUUGCAUAGAUGUCUUGAUGGACAGUGAGAUGAGAAACCAUACAAUUUAGGGUUUCUGGCAGCAAAUGCCCUUUUAUACAGUAUACCUAUUGUAUGCAUGCUUUAAUGUAAAUCAGUCUACAUUUAAAGAUGUUGUCUGGUUUAAGGAAAACUUUUUCAAAUGCCCUAUUAAAGAAUUUUGUGUAAAUAAAGGGGGUCCUCUAUUCAAAACUCUCAUCUAUUAGACAGAGCCAUGAAGGGCUUAGUAAGAACCGUGUAAUACCUAAGGAUUAUUCCUAUCUCCACAUUCAUG